AUGUUUGACUUUUCAGGUCCAAAUCUGGGUUCCGACUGCGGCUUGAAACGGACUGAGUCAGGAUUCGACCUCUACGCCUUAAACUUUAUGCUAUAUCACUCUACCUCAUUUGGGACCUUAAGUUCACAGAAAAGGAUGUCUUUCCGCUAUGGGGCCCCUAGACGGCGGGGUCAUCAUUUGGACUGUGACGAUGUGCCCACGGGAGGGUUCGUCCGCAUCCUGUUUUGUGAGAACGGUCGAGUCUAUUCGGGAUUUGUCCUGUUGCGUUGUGACGUCCAACAGAAGCGAGCGGGUUCCCUGGUUUAUCCAUUGAAUAAACAGAAUCCACCGCGGAAACGCUUCAAACCGUUUGGGUGGAAACUGUGGUAUCGUUAA